UAUACACAUUUGAACGAUAACAUAGCUUUAAGAAAUACUGUCGUAAGUGUUGGUGAUAUUUCUCAGGGCUCUGUUGUAGAACCUAUUCUCUUCUUACGCCCUUUACCUGUGUGAUCUCAUCCAUCCCUUUCCUUUAAAUCUACCCCGAAGACUCCUAAAGUGUUUCUGGCCCAGACUCUUCUUUUGAACUCCCAAAUCAUGGAACAAACUCUGUAAUGGACAUCACCACUUGAGUUUCUCCCUGGCACCUCAAACUCAACAUAUCCAAGCCCAAAGUCAUGAUCUGUUCCCUUGAGCCUGUCUAUCCCCGAGACUUUCUCAUCUCAAUAAACUGGCACUGCCAUCUACUCAAUUGCUUGAGCUAGAAACCCAUGAACCAUCAUUGCCUCCUCCUUUUUCCUGUGACAUUUGAUCAAUCACCAAGUCUUACUGUGUCCUCCCUUCUCCAUCCCUACUGCAGCUCCCUCAGCCAAGGCCACCAUUGUUCUUAUUUGACCACUGCCACAGACUCCUAACUGGUUUCCCUGCCUCCUGACUUGGCCUCUCCAAUUGUUUCUCAACACUGCAGUCAAAUUGAUCUUUCUAAUAUGCAACACUAAUCAAAUCCCUUCUGUGACAAAUUGUUGUCUGACUCAUUAGAAGUCCCUGCUGUACACUUCCACUGCAUCUGGUGAGGCUCUUAAGUUUCAUUGUGCUUUUAUUGAAUUUAUUAUCUGCUUUCCCAUUAGUCUCUAAGCUCUGUGGGCACACAAACUGAAUAUAUCCCCACACCUUACAACAGUACCUGGCACACAGUAGAUAAUAAAUGUGAAGUCAAAUGAAUGGAUGAAUGUAUAACAAUGUUUUGUAAACUAUGGGUUGUGGCCUAACAGUGGAUCAUGAAAUCAAUCAAAUGGAUUUAUAAUGAGCUUUCAUUUUAAAUUGAAGAAAAAAUAGAUGAGAAUAGCGUGUAAUAAAGGUACUAUUUCAUGCAACUUUUUAUCAUAAGAUGUAAAAUAUAUUUCUUAUAGUGAAUUGCAGUAGAAUAAAAAUGAAAUCCCCUGGUCUAUCAUAAGCAGGCAUAUUUCUUUCUUAUAAUGAGAAAAAGCAGCUUUUCUGCUUAGGAAAACUUAAGGGGGAAAAAUUUCGAACUCCUUGGCAACUGAAAAGGAUUCCUGCCCUAGGGUAUUUAUACUUUCACAGAUUUCAAAGCCUGAAAUUCAAAGAAGAAACUGCCUACUUCAGAGUUUUAGGUUUCUGUAAGCAAAUGACAGAAGAACAUAAAAUCCUCCUCCUGUCUGGCAACUACUGCCAUAGGCCAAUUAAGUUUAGGAGUGCAGUUUAAUUCUAUUUCCUCUGAAAGUAUAUCUUUUUUUUUUUUAAUAGGUUAAGAGUCCUACUUUUUUUUCUUUUUCUUUUUUUAAAGUUUAUUGAGAAACAGAGAGGGACAGAGCAUGAGCAUGGGAGGGGCAGAGAGAAGGUGAGACACAGAAUCUGAAGCAGGCUUCACGCUCUGAGCUGUCAGCAUAUAUCCCGACAUGGGGCUUGAACUCACAAACUGCGAGAUCAUGACCUGAGCCUAAGCCAGACGCUUAACCGACUGAGCCACCCAGGUGCCCCCCUCUGAAAGUAUAUCUGAAGCAUAUUUUGUCUUGUGUCUUAGAGAAUUUGUUAGCUGGCUGCUUCUCCAGCCUUCUUUUUAAGAGCUGAGUGCUUGAGCCAAUGAGGUGCUGCCAUUCUGUUUCCAUAGCAAUAAAAGAAACAAACCUUCACCUGCCAUCUCCCAAGGACAAAUCUCACAACUCAAGGCCCAAGUCAAGAGAGUCUGAAUGAAAGGUUGACUUUCUCCUCUAGUUUGACUUUCAUGGCAAUACUGAAAGAUUCAAACCGGACUGUCUUUAGAAAGAAAAUUUGUGCUGACGCCCGUUCAGCCUUUGUAAAAGCCUUUGACUGAAUUCACUGCAAGUCUGUCUCUCUGCCCUACGUGUAGGGCAUUCUGUUUUGGCAUUUCAGUCACUUGGAACAACCAAAGUCUCAAGUUCUGGAACUUCUGGAUUUCAUCUAAAAUGAAUGCUAAUUUUAUGUCGAUGAGGAACAGUUUCUCUAUAAAAUUGUGAUGUCUUUAAGACUCUUGACUUGGAAAAGGACCACAUGGGAGAAACAAAUCUUUGAGAAGUUCCAGGACCUCCUGAUCUAGCAGCUCCUGCCAUGUACCCCAACCCUCUCAUCUACUGUACCUGCUGGGACCCUUGGAACUUGGGACCACGGAAGCUAAUCAAGACCCCUCAGCCACCAAGAAAGACCUCCACAGGGAAGCCCAAGCUAACUCCUCUUCCUUCAGCUGCAAAAAAACAAAAUUGUGUCCAACCCACAGCAAAACCUGUUGUUGCCCCAAAAGGGAAACUCCAUUUAGGAAAACAAGAGGAGAGCAAUAAACCACCUUAUGAAGUGAUAAACGUGUCACCUGGUUAUCGCCUCAUUCGAAAUAGGGAGCAGAUUUCCGUCACCUUGGGAGAUGAAAUGUUUGAUAAGAAAAAGCAGUCGCAAUCAGAGAUCAUGGACAGAGUCCAGAUUUCCAGGACUGAUAUCAUUACUGACCUGCAAGAGCAGAUCUCAGAAUUGACAGUGAUCAUUGAGCAAAUGAACAGAGACCAUCAGUCUGCCCAGAAAUUGCUCUCCGAUGAAAUGGCUCUCCGCUGUGCUGAGAUGCAGCAGAACUUCGAAAACAAAAACAGAGAGCUCAAAGAGGCUCACGCAGCAGAGCUCAGUCAUUUGGAGAACAACUACAAAGCCACACUGAAGGCAGAGAAGCUGGCUGCCCAAGAAAAACUAGAUGAAAUGGGAAAGGAGUAUAAGUAUUUGAAGAAUAUGUUUCAUAUGUAUCAGGACAGCAUUUAUGAUGAAAUGGAAGAUAAGUGGUUGAAGAAGAAAGCCGAAUGGGAGAAGGAUGAGAAGUUGGAGCGGGAAAAGAUCCUGCUACAGCAAAAACAUAAUAUGACAAAAAGGUUUGAGUUAGAGUCAGAAGAAGAAAAGAAGAAAAUAAAUGACUCCUACAGUACCGUGUUUGAGAACUUCAAUCGAGAGAAGGAGGAGCUACUGAAACAACAUGAAAAGGACACCUUGCAAUUAGAGGAGCUGAGAAAGACCAAACAGGUCAUGGAGGAAGAGUUGAAUGCACAAUCUGUUAUCUUAGAAUCACUUAACACAACCCUCUACCAAACCCAGAUGGAACUCCAGAGAGAGAAAGCUACAGUGGGAAAUCUGGAGAAAACACUCCAGACCAAGCUUGCCGAGACUGAAGAAAAGUUUAAAUACACCAUACAGCUUCUGACAGAAGAAAACAUUCAUCUAAGGCAAAAAAUAAUUGUGAAGAAUGAAGAAAUUUAUAAGGAACGAUCUGGGAGGUUUCUCUCAAUGUAUGAGAAUGAUUCUGAUAAUUUAGAAGAUGAUAGCAAUGAAAAACAAGAACUAUGAGCAGAAAAGUUGUUCUCCAAUACAAAAGAUGUUAGGAACACCAUCUCCAUAGGCUUAGACAACUCCCGUGAGAGUUUCUUGAGAAAUGUAUAUUAUGAGUUUAGUUCUUGGGUUGCCUGGGUUCUACUUUUGCCUUUUCAAAAUUUCCUUUCUUCUAAAUGGUUGGGAAUGUUUGAAUUCUCAUCUCAGUUAUACAGGCUUUCAAGACUCUUCAUUGUAAAGUGAUGUUCCCUAUACCUGGAUCUAAACUUUCUCUGGGUAUUAUACUAUUUUCUCUUCCACAUUUACACAUUUCAUUAUGAAAACACUGAUCCGAAGAACUUGUUCCUAUUAAAUAUUGACUAUAUUUUGAAAUACACCUUUUGUCCCCCUGGGGCAUUUACCUAGCAAAAAUGUAAUUUGUUGAUUCAAUUCCAAAAAUCCUUUCUCUCUUACAUGUGUCCCCACUGCUCCACUUCUCAAUCGUGUUCCCUAUACUAUGAUUUUGGAAAAAGUGUCUGAUGAUCCUUGCCACCUUCUCUAAACAAUCAUCAGAAUUCAAAUCCCCACAGGGCAGGCAACUGGUUUUGGGGGUAGAUUCCAUGAUUCAUCGCUUACAUACAACACCAGUGCUCAUCCCAACAAGUGCCCUCCUCGAUGCCCAUCACCCAUUUUCCCCUCUCCCCCCCCCCAAUCCCCAUCAACCCUCAGUUUGUUCUCUGUAUUUAAGAAUCUCUUAUGGUUUGCCUCCCUCUCUAUUUGAAACUAUUUUUCUCCUUCCCUUCCCCCCUGGUCUUCUGUUAAGUUUCUUAAGUUCCACAUAUGAGUGAAAACAUAUGAUAUCUGUCUUUCUCUGACUGACUUAUUUCACUUAGCAUAAUACCCUCCAGUUCCAUCCACAUUGCUGCAAAUGGCAGGAUUUCAUUCUUUCUCAUUGCCAAGUAGUAUUCCAUUGUAUAUAUAAACCACAUCUUCUUUAUCCUUUCAUCAGUUGAUGGACAUAUGGGCUCUUUGCAUAAUUUGGCUAUUGUUGAAAACACUGCUAUAAACAUUGGGGUACGAGUGCCCCUAUGCAUCAGCACUCCUGUAUCUUUUAGAUAAAUUCCUAGUAGUGCUAUUGCUGGGUUGUAGGGUAAUUCUAUUUUUAAUUUUUUGAGGAACCUCCACACUGUUUUCCAGAGCAGCUGCACCAGUUUGCAUUCCCACCAGCAGUGCAAGAGGGCUCCCAUUUCCUCACAUCCUCGCCAACAUCUUUUGUUUCUGAGUUGUUAAUUUUAGCCACUCAGACCCAAAAUCUAUAAAGAACUUACCAAACUCAACACCUGAAAAACAAAGAAUCCAGUGAAGAAAUGAGCAGAAGGCAUAAAUAGACACUUUUCCAAAGAAAACAUCCAGAUGGCCAACAGACACAUGAAAAGAUGGGCAAU